ACAAGGCGCCGGCGGAGAGGGGCGGGGGAGGCAGGGGAGGGAUGCUUGGGGAGCUGGUGGCCGGAGGGGCCGAGGGUCUCGUCCUUAUCCAAGGUGAGGUGGGGAGGGGGGCGGAGAAGGAGAACCCCCCCACUGGAAUGGGGCGGGGCAGGGACCCACCUUUCAGGGAGGCCUUAGCAUUGCAGGGGGGUGGACUGGAUGACCCAUGGGGGUCCCUGCAAUUCUGUGAGGUUUAGGGGACGGGGGUCUCCUGCCCCACUUUGUUAGCAGCUGCUGUGGGGGUGAAGCAGGGAACCAGGGGUGGGGGGACUUGGCGAUCCCCCCUGCCCCCUUUUCUUCAUAGCUCCUAUGGAAGUGGAGGGGACGUGGGGCAGGGAUCUAAGGGAGAGGUGCACAGUGUGUGGGGCAGGGGGUUAAGGGGGAAGUGUGGGCUGGGAGGAUUCAGGUGAAGGAGGGCACUCCUGGAGGGGGGAGUGAAGGGGGAAGGUGGUGUAUGAGGCAACCUUUAUUUUGCUUUUAUAUAUGCUGGAAGCUGCACAGAGUGGCUGCGGCAACCUAGUGAGAUGGGUGGGGUUACAAAUAAUAUACAGUGGUACCUCAGGUUACAUACGCUUCAGGUUACAGACUCUGCUAACCCAGAAAUAUUACCUCGGGUGAAGAACUUUGCUUCAGGACGAGAACAGAAAUCGGGCUCCGGUGGCGCGGCAGCAGCAGGAGGCCCCAUUAGCUAAAAUGGUGCUUCAAGUUAAGAACAGUUUCAGGUUAAGAACAGACCUCCGGAACGAAUUAAGUACUUAACCCGAGGUACCACUGUAUUAUUACUAAUAUUGAAAGACUUCUGGUGGUCAAUCUGUUCUCUGUUCAUCCUGGGUUUUCCUCCUGCAGACUGCGUCGCCUGCGAGGGCCGCACCCUCCUCAAGAGUUUCGUGGAAGCGUCGGCCCGAAGGUGGGUGAAAUCCACCUUUAGACUUUGGCCACUUAGCCCACCCGCCACCACCACCACAAGGCAGGGAUGGUUUGGGUGGGCGGGCGGCACCCAUCCUCUCUGCAGAUCCAUGAGGAAAUCCUCAAAAGAUCAUAUAUAGGAGAGAGGAGGAAUCUUAUGAGUGGCCAGAAAUAUGAGGUGCGGGAGGGUACUAAGUCACUGUGUGUUACACGCACAAAUUUUCUGCAUGUAUAAUGCUGAGUGCAGCUUUGUGGAAUAGUGGCCUGUAAACGUUUAGUUAGAGUAAUAGUAAUAUUUCCUGUUAUAUUGUGGGUGUAUUGCCAAUCAGUACACAAACUGAAAUAGGCAUUCUAUUAGGGACGCGGGUGGCGCUGUGGGUUAAACCACAGAGCCUAGGACUUUACGAUCAGAAGGUCAGCGGUUCGAAUCCCCGCGAUGGGGUGAGCUCCCGUUGCUCUGUCCCUGCUCCUGCCCACCUAGCAGUUCGAAAGCAUGUCAAAGUGCAAGUAGAUAAAUAGGUACCGCUCCGGCGGGAAGGUAGACGGCGUUUCCGCAACCCCAGAGUCGGCCACGACUGGAUCUAACAGUCAGGGGUCCCUUUACCUUUAUGGCCUUAUUAGUGACAUAAAACUUUAACUUUUGAGUACUUUCUGAACGAGAUUUGCACUUCCAACCCCCUCACUCCUGAUGCUCCAUAACCACAAUAUGUCACCCUGAUCCUUUCAGACAGGUGUGGCUCACCAAAGAAGUCUAGAACCAGCUCAUGUUCUCCCUCUGGAGCUCAAUCUUCUUGCCCUCAAUCUUUGCUUUCUUCUACUUUGGGACUGUGAAGGGACCCCUUCCUCUCUCCCCUAAAAGCAUAAUCAGCUCUCGCCUCCGUUCCUCCUUUAGGGGUGAAUCUGUUUACGUUUUCAGCUUUGAGGUCCCAGAAGAAGAAUUCAAGGCUGGAUUCAGCGCCGAAGUCACUUCCCGGUGAGUGUGAGAAAGCCACUGAGAUAGCCUGGCCAAUGUGUUUCAUGCGCUGGUAACCUCCAGACACGAUUAAUGCACAUCCAAGAGACUGCGAUCUACUCCCAGUAUAAAAAAAACUGGCAUGAUUUCCUCAUUGUCGUAAAAAUGAGCGUUCGUGGGGUGGGUGGAUUGCCCAGAGUUGCUGAGCCCAGAGUCGUCUAACUUUUUUGGGGUAGGAUUGGCCAGAGUUCUUUAGCUUUUAUUUGUUAACUUUUGGUAAACUUUAUUUAAUCCCACAAUCAAUAAGGGUCUCGCGAUCCUUCAAGAUCAGCCUUGGAUCUACCGAUAGAUCGAGAUCUACUGGUUGGACAUGCCUACUUUAUGUGGAGCUACCCGUGGACCCGUUCUGGAGGCUCCAGCCCAUGCAAAGUGCUGCAGCUGGGCUGUUGAUGGGACAGACCGUUGCCAGCACAUCACUGCAGCGCUUAAAAGCUUGCACUGGCUGCCCCUAGGACUCCAGGCCAUGUUCAAGGUUCUUGAAUGAAUUCACAAAGCCUGGGACUAUUUGGGUCCAGGAUACCUCCCUUAUAUACCUGCCUGGUCACUGAUGUCUUCAGGGGAGUCACUGCUAAGGACCCUGAGAUCAUCGUCAGAGACCCUUCUGCAUAUGCCUCCUCCAUGAGAGAUCCAGAGGGUGGCAACUCGAGAACGGGGCCUUUUCUGCAGUGGCUCCCCACUUAUGGGAUGCUCUCCCCAGGGAGGCUCACAUGGUGCCGUCAUUAUGCACCUUUAGGUAAAGAUACUCCUUUUCAACCAGGCCUUUGGAUGAUUUUAAAUGUGUUGUGGGCAAGGGGAUUAUUGGUUUGUUUUCGUUCCUGUUUUGAUGAUGCAUUUUGCGAUUUUUAUAUUGUAUGUCGUGAACAGUGUUAGAAACUCUUUCUGCUUUUGUGAUUAAUUCCAAUUGAUCUUACCCACUGCAUGCUUUUAAACAAUUUUUGCACGCCGCUUAGAAUGGGGCGGUCCGACUUUCCAUACCAAACGGGCCACCAGAGAACUUCGACACAGGACCCACAGGCCACAUGCUGAAUUAAACUUCCACAUUGAAGAUUAAAGUGUCAAUUAAUAUUAUGUAACGUAUGCAGUUAGUAAACUUAAUUAAAUGUAUAUACAGUCAUACUUCGGGUUAAAGUUGCUUCAGGUUGAGCGAUUUCGGGUCGCGCUCCGUGGCAACCCGGAAGUAACGGAAUGCGUUACUUCCGAGUUUCGCCGCUCGCACAUGCGCAGACGGUCAAAAUGACGUCACGCGCAUGCGCAAAAGCGGCAAAUCGCAACAAGCGCACACGCACAAUUUGGGGUUGCGUUUGCUUCAGGAUGCGAACGGGGCUCCAGAACGGACCCCGUUCACAUCCUGAGGUACCACUGUAAUGAAAUAAACAAGAGAUUUAAUUAUUAAACAGAUUUAUCGUACAGACAGAGGUAGAUGCUCUCGUUAGAAAUGCAUGACCAAAUAAAAAUUAAAAUUUUAAAGGUAUUUUCUCUUGAAUGCUUAGAAACUUCGGUAAAUAGAUUUGAACCAGCGUUUCCCAAACUAGGUUCUCCAGUUGUUUUCGGACUACAGUUCCCAUCAUGCCUGACCACUGGUCUUGCCAGCUAGGGAUGAUGGGAGUUGUAGUCCAAAAACAACUGGAAAACUGAGUUUGGGAAACACUGGAUUUUCUUUCUCCUCUAGAGGUAGUCCUGCCUUAAUCUGGCCCAUUGGUGGUGAUUAUUAUUAUUAUUAAUAUUACCUGUUUUAUCCAAGGAUACGGUUCCACGAUGCCUUCCAGGAUCCCCUGGGCUGGGCUGAGGAGCCCCGUGGCUUCACCCUGGGAGACUUCUCUGCCUCGGAAUUGGUGGCUCGCUUGACUCCAGGGUCUCCAGGCCCUGCCACGGUCGUGCUGGAUUCACUGAGCUGGCUGCUUCUCCGUUUGCCGUUUGCCGGCGUCUGCCAGGUCCUUCCGCAGCUGCCUAGGAGAGCAAAGGCUGCUGGUGAGAGAGGGGGGAUGUUUUCAGGGAAGCCUUGUUGUUUAGUCAUUUAGUCGUGUCCGCCUUUUCGUGGCCCCCUGGACCAGAGCACGCCAGGCCCUCCUGUCUUCCACUGCCUCCCGCAGUUUGGUCAAACUCAUGCUGGUAGCUUCGAGAACACUGUCCCACCAUCUCAUCCUCUGUCGUCCCCUUCUCCUUGUGCCCUCCAUCUUUCCCAACAUCAGGGUCUUUUCCAGGGAGUCUUCUCUUCUCAUGAGGAGGUCAAACUCUUGGAGCCUCAGCUUCAGGAUCUGUCCUUCCAGUGAGCACUCAGGGCUGAUUUCCUUCAGAAUGGAGAGGUUUGAUCUUCUCGCAGUCCAUGGGACUCUCAAGAGUCUCCUCCAGCACCAGAAUUCAAAAGCAUCCAUUCUUCGGCGAUCAGCCUUCUUGAUGGUCCAGCUCUCACUUCCAUACAUCACUACUGGGAAAACCAGAGCUUUAACUAUACGGACCUUUGUCGGCAUCAAGGAAGCCUAAAGGUAAAGGUAAAUUAGGUCCAUUAGGACCAUUAGGUCCAGUCGUGGCUGACUCUGGGGUUGCGGCGCUCAUCUCGCUUCUGGGUCAUGUGGCCAGCAUGAAUAAGCCGCUUCUGGCGAACCAGAGCGUAAACGCCGUUUACCUUCCUGCCGGAGCGGUACCUAUUUAUCUACUUGCACUUUGAUGUGCUUUCGAACUGCUAGGUUGGCAGGAGCAGGGACCCCGUCGCGGGAUUCGAACUGCCGACUUUCUGAUUGGCAAGUCCUAGGCUCUGUGGUUUAACCCACAGCGCCACCCGUGUGCCUUACACCACCCUUAUAUACCCUAGGAAGCCUAGGGUAGCUUUAAAAGAGGGUUGAGCAAAUUCAUGGCGGAGGGGGCUGUCAAAGCUUACUAGCCGUGACGGCUGUGUUCUGCCUCCACAGUCAACGCCCCGAAUUCCAAUUGCUGGAAACCACAAGAGGGGAGAGGGCUGCUCCUGUGUUCGAAUCCUGCUUGCAGGUUUUCCAUAAUGGGCACGCGACUGGCCACUGUGAGAACAGGAUGCUGGACUAUUUAUUAGAGUUUAAGAAUUACAAAAAAAAAAGAACAGCAAGCAGUGAACAGUUACAAAACCUCAAAAACAAAAGAAAAUACAAUAAAACAAAACAAAACAACAGUACAUCAAAACAUUAAAAAAGAAAAAACAGAAACAUUUAAAAAACACAAACCUUUAAAAAAAUAGAAGGAAAAAAAAGAAAAAAACAAAAAAACCCCGUAUUUUCAUAUCCUUAUCUUUCAUUUGCUUAUUUCCUCGACUUCCUCACACCUCCUUUUUUUUGUAUUCUAGUUCAAUUAAUUAUUCCAGCAAAUCCUUUCCCUCUUUCUCAAAUUUAGUUCCAUAAUUUAUCUUAAUGCAAUUUAACCUUAAGUUUUGCACCUUUACCCGUUGUCAAUCUAUUCAUACUUAAUUCUUUAUAACAUUUCUGCUAAAGUCAUAUAGCUUCUUUCCAGCAUCCUUCUAACAUUCAUUAAUUUUACAAUAUUUCUAUAAAUAGUCUUUAAAUUUCUUCCAAUCUUCUUCCACCGACUCUUCUCCCUGGUCUCGGAUUCUGCCAGUCAUUUCCGCCUAUUCCAUAUAGUCCAUCAACUUCAUCUGCCAUUCUUCCCGGGUGGGUAAAUCUUGUGUCUUCCAAUACUUCGCGAUGAGUAUUCUUGCUGCUGUUGUUGCACAGCCUGCUCCCUUAUAUCCCUGCCUGAUCGCUGAGGUCUUUGGGGGAGUCAAAGACCUCUGCUAAGCAUCUCCCAAGAUAAUAACGCCCACUCACAUCAUAAAGCUCUCGUAACCCACCUACUCUCAGCAGCCAGAAACAUCAUAGCCAGACACUGGAGAGACCAGUCAGGAGUAAGCUGGACCAAUGGUACCAAAUAGUACGGGAAACAGCCUUAUUAGAAAAAGCUAACCAAUAAACCAUAGCUGUCAACUUUUCCCUUUUUUAAAGGGAAAUUCCCUUAUUCUGAAUAGGAUCCGUUGCAAGAAAAGUGAAAAGUUGACAGCUAUGAAUAAACUGAAACUGACACGGGGGCAAAUAGAAGAAGACGCCUUCACCCCGGUAUGGUUCCCCUUUAUCACAUACACAGCCCAACAAGACAACAACAAGAAUCCACCGACAACAUACAAAUCAAUCUAGCUAACCCAAUUCAAAUACACACACACACACACACACAGACCCCCUUCUCACACAAAAACAAAUCUCACUACAGCCAAGCAGAGACAACCAACCACACCCUAAGCCACCCCCAACCUCUCUCACCACCGAGGAAAUACAACAAGCGAAUAGCAAGAGAACCCACAUAAGUAGUGCUGACACAAAACCCCACACAUACACUAAGUAGAUGAAUAGAAGCAUAACUACCUGACCCCACCCUACUCACCAUUCCCCCUCCCCCUCUUUUCUUCCUAACCAAUGGGUAGGCAAACUAAGGCCCGGGGGCCGGAUCUGGCCCAAUCGCCUUCUAAAUCCAGCCUACAGACGGUUCGGGAAUCAGCGUGUUUCUACAUGAGUAGAAUGUGUCCUUUUAUUCAAAAUGCAUCUCUGGGUUAUUUGUGGGGCCUGCCUGGUGUUUUAACAUGAGUAGAAUGUGUGCUUUUAUUUAAAACGCAUCUCUGUGUUAUUUGUGGGGCAUAGGAAUUCCUUCAUUCCCCCCCCCCCCCCUACAAAAUAUAGUCCGGCCCCCCACAAGGUCUGAGGGACAGUGGAUUGGCCCCCGGCUGAAAAUUUUUGCUGACCCAUCUAACACUGUAUCUAACACCAAUGUCUCGCAAGAAAUGAAACUGAUUUGUAGAAAACGCAACUUGAAAAAAGAGACAACGCGUUUAUUUUUGUAAACUAAGAAAUCUUUAAUAAAAAUAUAUUAACAAGGAAAAAAAGGCUGUUGUGCUGACGUGACGGGUCUCAUGGCUUUCCCAACAUUUCCUGAUCUUCUGCAGGUCUGAAAAUUGCCCAGCUGGUGACCCUCGUCCAUGGGGACUUGCACCAUCUUGGACAACUAGAAGCCUUGCAUGCCUUGGCUCGCGUUAUGGUGGCUCUGGAGCUGGCGCCAUGGAACGUGUGCCAGGGGGACGAGGCUCCCCGAGUCGCUGUCACCUUGCACAGGAAGAAAGGUGGCAAAGUGCUGCGGAAGGUGAGGCUGGCCGGGUGUCAGACGGGGAGGCGGAAUGUGCCUGGGGAGUGGGCGGCGUAGCAGGCGUGUCGGGGAACUGCCAUCGGCGGAGAGGCGAGAGAUAGAGGGGAAAUGUGUUACAGGGAGCCUCCGAAAAUCUUGCGAAGCAGUUCCUCCCCCGGCGAGGAGGAAAGCCCCUCCCCCAGUGAAGAAGAGGUGCAGGGACCAGGGGAUGCUAGGGAGAGCCUCAACACACUUUUAUGCUGGGGGAGGUACAAAAACCGGCCACUCCCAGAUUCUGCUAGCGAUUGAGCCAGACAUGAACUUAUGACGCUCUGCACUGUAAAUAGUUUGCACCAAGAAUAGGUAAAGGUAAAGGGACCCCUGACCAUUAGGUCCAGUCGUGACCGACUCUGGGGUUGCGGCGCUCAUCUCGCUUUACUGGCCGAGGGAGCCGGCGUACAGCUUCUGGGUCAUGUGGCCAGCAGGACUAAGCCGCUUCUGGCGAACCAGAGGAGCGCAUGGAAACGCCGUUUACCUUCCCGCCGGAGCGGUGCCUAUUGAUCUACUUGCACUUUGACAUGCUUUCGAACUGCUAGCUUGGCAGGAGCAGGGACUGAGCAACAGGAGCUCACCCCGUUACGGGGAUUCGAGCCGCCAACCUUCUGAUCAGCCAGUCCUAGGCUCUGUGGUUUAACCCACAGUGCCACCUGCGUCCCUUGCACCAAGAAUAAAGCCUGGAAAAGACAGGUCGGAGUCCUGCCUGUUUACUCUCGAGCAACCACACCCGCACCUGAUAAGGCGUAAAUCCUGCCUCCUGAGAAUACACAGUUUCCUUGCACCAAGAGUUAACUUCCCUUACUAGGUGUGAUUUAGUGCUGACCUGCUCCUGACACCCCUCGCCCCUCUUUUGCUCCCUCCCAGAAAGAACGCUUUACGCUGCUUCCGGGUUUUCUCCUGAAGCACCUUGGCGAGGUGCCACGGGACGGCGUUUCCGAAGGGGGCCGUCCAGAGGAUGGCAAAGCUUCGCCUACGGUAGGUGACCUUACUUGCUUAUUUACCGUAUUUUCGCUCCAUAAGACGCACCCAACCAUAAGACGCACCUAGUUUUUAGAGGAGGAAAACAGGAAAAAAAUAUUCUGAAUCAAAUGUUGUCUAAACUACUGUAUUUAAUAAACAACCGGUAUAUCAGAAUCAUAUUACAGCCAUGUAAAGUGAACAGCAGUCAACAGUGGCAUUAAGAACCAUCAUCACUUUCAUUAACGAAUGAAGAGAGACUUUAAGAUUUGAGUACUCUUCUAGUCUUCUGUGAACCCCAAGAACUCAACACUGCUAGAGUCAGAAUUGAUGGAUCUUUGAAAAAGACGCCUUUUUGGACUCCACAAAGAUAAAAAACUCUGGGUUUUCCUACUGGCUUCCCCGAGUAAAAGCAGUCAAAAUCUGUGCCAACUACUUGGUGGAGAUCACUGACCCCACCCUUCGGAGAGCUUUCACUAUGGCACGGUUUCAAACACUGCCAACUGCAUAUCUGACCGGUAGAUUCACAAAAACCCCAGUAGAACAUCGUUUAUGCCCUUGCCUUAUGAAAAUUAAAGAGGAUCUUACACAUUACCUCCUCUAUUGCCCCAUCUACUCGAGCUUUAGAGAUGCAUUGCUGCAAAUUAUACCCAACUCUAUAACCAAUCCUGAAGAUAGAGUAAAAUUUUUGUUAGUUGAUGCAAACCCACGUAUUACCCAUGUGGUAGCGGUUUUUGUGAUAAAGGCCAUGAAAGCCAGGGAAAGACUUAUGGAUGACAAUGUAAAGACCCCUUCAUCGUCUGUUUAACUCGUUGCUCGUUUUCCCUCUCUUUCUAUUUUGUGGGAUGAAGGUUUUGUUGGCGUAGUAUGUAAUGAAUUUUAAUAUCUUUUAACUAUUGUUGUGUUAAUGUUUGUGUACAGGCAUGGUCCUCACAAUAAACGGAUUUGUCUUGAUGGAGCUUAGUUGCUCACAAUCACUGACAUCACUUUCUUCGCUAUCUUCAUGUAAAAUACCAUCUUCGCGUGCAAGCCCCUUUUUCCAGCCUCCUCCUCUCCAUCCCUUUCACCCAAACACCUCAGGUGACGUCUGCAAUUUCUCCCCUUCCCUGCUCCCUCUCCUUUGCCCUCUACCAUGACUCUCCACUCACGGCAACCUACGGUACCUGGUCUCCCUUAACCCAGCUUCUUGGUCCCCCUCCUCUCCGUCCUCUUCCUCCCCUCUCUCAGCGAACAGCCUGCCCGCUGCUCCAAAGCUUGAGGAGAAAGGGCAGGCUGCGGGCAGAGUAGCACCCCCUACCCCCAUUCAGCAGCCCAGGAGCGCGGGGCAUGGGCGCACAGCCCUCCCGCUGCUGCAAAGCUUCCCGGGGCUGCAGGGGGAAGGCGAGGCUGCCGGCAGAGGAGCGCGGCUCCCCCCCCCACCAAAGAGCAGCCCAAGAGAGUGCCGCACUCUGGCAAUUUGGCUCCAGGGACCACACAUUCGCUCCAUAAGACGCCCAGACAUUUCCCCUUACUUUUUAAGAGGAAAAAAAGUGUGUCUUAUGGAGCGAAAAAUACGGUAGUUAAGCAUCCAGUUCUGUGGGCUCUGGGGCUUGCGAGUAGGCCGUUUGUGCCAGGGAGUCUGCAAGUGGAGGAAUGGUAAGGUGGGGGUGGCAGCAGACGAGACGGGAAUCUCGUUGGGUGCUGGAGCUCCAAUAAUAAUAAUAAUAAAUUAUUUUUAUACCCCGCCCUUCCCGGUUCAAAAACUGGGCUCAGGGCGGCUAACAACAAAUUUAAAACACUUAGUUAUAAAAACAGCAUAAAAUACAGUAUAAAAACAUGAAUGACAGUAAAAUUCAAAAAACAAAAAUCCUACCCAAUGCCCUUAAGGAGUAACAAGAUGCAGGGCUCAGACUCCAGAACCUCCUUUCUUUGCUUGGAACAUAGGCACCUGCCUUGAGUUGAGUCAGACGUUUGGUCUGUCUAGCUCAGUAUUGCCUACACUGAUUGGCAGUGACUCACUGGGGCUUCAGGCAAAGCUUUUCUCCUCUCGUAACGCUAGAAUACGUGGCCGGCCAGUGAAACUGAGCGCUGGGAGAUUCAGGAAAGAUUACAAACUCAUACAGAGAUUACAAACUCAAACUCAAGGAUAUGUAUAUCCAGUUAUGGAUCAGAAAUCAGGACAGGGCCCUGUUUCAAUGUACAGUGGUACCUCGGGUUAAGUACUUAAUUCGUUCCAGAGGUCCGUUCUUAACCUGAAACUGUUCUUAACCUGAAGCACCACUUUAGCUAAUGGGGCCUCCUGCUGCUGCCACGCCGUCGGAGCACGAUUUCUGUUCUUAUCCUGAAGCAAAGUUCUUAACCUGAAGCACUAUUUCUGGGUUAGGGGAGUCUGUAACCUGAAGCGUAUGUAACCUGAAGUACCACUGUAUUCACCUUCAUCAGCUAAUUUUUAAAGGGUCGUGUAAGUUUGAAGAAUUCAUAUAAAUAUAUCCUGUUAUUUUCUACGUUUCUCAGAGAUAACAGAAAAGCUCAAGAUACAUGGUGAUCUACCCACACGUAGUUGUUAUCUCUGAGAAACGUAGAAAAUAACAGGUUAUAUUUAUACGAAUUCUUCAAACUUACACGACCCUUUAAAAAUUAGCUGAUGAAGGUGAAUACAUCGAAAUGAUUGAACUAAGAUUGAUCAAUGAUUGAAACUAAGACCUUCAUAUCGAAUCUGACUGUGGACUAACAUGAACUUACUGGUUUCUGACCCAUAAUUGGAUAUACAUAUCCUUAUGAGUUUGAGUUUGUAAUCUCUAUUUGAGUCUGUAAUCCUUGCCAGAAAACAUACUUUUGAAUGGAUUAGUUUUUGUUACAGUUGACUAUUGAUUUGCGAGUAGGGACCACUCCCACUAUUGAAACGUACAUUGGCCCGAGUUCUUGGUGUGCUUUUUUCUUGGUAUAUUUAAUAACAAGAACUCCAUCUUGGCUCGCAAGGCACUAGGGUUUCAGGCCCACCCGGAUCCUGUUUCCUGCCCAUUAAAUUUGUACCCAUUUCAGAAAAUUGGCUUCCAGGUGGAAAAAUCAAAACUGGAAACAGAACUGUUAGAUCCUAAAGUUAAGAAUUUGUCAAGAAUGUAUAACUUGCUGCUGAAAUGGAAUACUCAAGAUGAAACAGUGAAAUCUGUUAUGAAUAAAUGGGCACAAGAUGUUGGACAUAACAUUAUGAUGGCUGACUGGGAACAGUUAUGGACCACAGGUAUGAAGUUCACGGCAUGUAAUGCCUUAAGAGAGAAUAUUAUGAAAAUGAUAUACAGGUGGUACAUGACCCCAGUCAAGCUUGCAAAAAUCUAUCAUUUGCCCGAUAAUAAAUGUUGGAAAUGCAAAGAAACUGAAGGUACAUUCUUUCACCUUUGGUGGACGUGCCCAAGGAUUAAGGCUUUCUGGGAGAUGAUCUAUAAUGAAAUGAAAAAGGUAUUUAAAUAUACCUUCCUGAAGAAACCAGAGGCCUUUCUCCUGGGCAUAGUCGGCCAAUUGGUGCCAAAGAAGGAUAGAAUUUUCUUUAUGUAUGCCACAACAGCAGCAAGAAUUCUUAUUGCAAAGUACUGGAAGACACAAGAUCUACCCACCCUGGAAGAAUGGCAGAUGAAGGUGAUGGACUAUAUGGAACUGGCGGAAAUGACUGGCAGAAUCUGAGACCAGGGAGAAGAGUCGUUGGAAGAAGAUUGGAAGAAAUUUAAAGACUAUCUACAGAAAUACUGUAAAAUUAAUGAAUGUUAGAAUGAUGUUGGAAUGAAGCUAAGGGGUUUUUAGUAGCAAUGUUACAAGGAGUAUGUAAAAAUGGACUGCUAACAGAUGAGAAUAUACAGUUAUUACAUAUUAAGACAAAGGACUAAGAUAAAAACAAAGAGGGAAAGGAUUUGCUGAAUUAAUUUACUGAACUGGAACACAAAAAGGGGAAAUGUGAGGAGGUCAGGGAAACAAGUGAAUGAAAGACAAGAUAUGGAAAGACUGAUUUGUUUUUAAUGGUUUUUACUUUUUUGUAUUUUGUAUUCUCUUCUUUCUUUUUUUAUUCUUUUAUUCUUUUUUUCUUUUUCUUAUUAUUACUAUUGUAACUUCUUUUUUUUAUUUUUGAAACUUUAAUAAAUAUCUUAUAAUAAAUAAAUAAAUAAAUUUGUACCCAUUUCACCUGUUCCAAGGCUGAGAUUUAUAGCAGCUGUCCCAUCGCUUUGCUGUCAAAUCUCCCCCUCCUGCUGGUAUUGACUGGGCUUCUUCUCCUCUCAGGCCGACCCAGCCGCCAACUUGACCUUUAACCUGCGCCUGUCGGAAGCUGAGCGCCGGGCCAAGGAGUCCGUCCCUCUCCCGUAUCAGUUCAGUGACGAAAAGUAAGUCCUUUGAUUGGGUGGGUGAGGUGGAUUUAUUGUUGUCAAUAUUUGCCAAGUGUCUUUGUCUUGCUUUCACAGCCCAAUUAAAAACAUUAAAAGCCUACCCAGACCAUAGCUGUCAACCGUCCCUUAUUUGGCGGAAACUCCCUUAUCCCAGCGCCGUGUCCCGCUGCUGUUCCUCAUUGAUGAUGUCCCUUAAAUUUCCCGGGUUUCAAAGGAAGCAGCUCCUCUCCCUCCCUCCCUGCCGGCCAGGGAGGAGGGAGGCUCCAACUGUGUUGCUUGGCUGCGUUGCUCACCCAAUAAGGAGUCUGAGAAUGACUGGGGGGUGGAGCUUGCAUGCCUUGUGCCAAUCAAAUCGGCUGCCUUGCCUGGGGACUCACCUUUGCUCAGCGCUUCCCAGCGGAGAGGGGACGGUGGUUUUCCUUGCUGCAUCCCCUUUGCUGGGUUGCUGCGCUGUGGGAACCACCGCUUGAGGCUUCGUUUGGCUGCUGGCUGGGCUUUCAGCCUUUGGCUCGGAGGGGCUUAGAAGUUGAACAUACCUGUGCUUGGAAAAUCCCUUAUUUUGGCUGCUGAUCCCUUAUUUUUGAGACUGUUGGUCCCUUAUUUUCAAAUUUGUAAGUUGACAGCUAUGACCCAGACAUAGAAUUGUACUCUGCGUGUUUGCUUUUCAAGUCUGCUGGAUGCAUCUGGGCUGUAUUUAAUGCAAACAGCUUACAGAACUCGAACUCGGGCCUCAAUACCUGACAGGCCACCUCCUUCCCUGCGGUCCCUCUCGGGUGCUGAUAUUCGGGGAGAGAGCCCCCUUGGUUAUUCCAUCACCCUCAGAGGUUUGUGGAGUGGGAACAGCAGCCUAUGAGAAGGCCUUCUCUGUGGUGGCUCCUAAGUUGUGGAACUCCUUCCCCACAGCAGUGCUUCUGGCAACUUCACUAUUAAGCUUCCGGGCGCUCUUCUUUGCACAGGCCUUCUGUGACCCCCUUGAGGUGUAUAUUUUCAUGACCCGCCUUAUUUCUGUGAUUCUAAAUUGUUUAAAACUGUAUUUAAUGUUGUAGUCUAACGUUAGGAGACCCCCCACUUCCCCUCUCAGAGCUAGUUUCCCAGAAUUCUCUGGGAAAGAGGGAUAGACUGUUAAAACCACUCUGUGAGUUGCAUCUCUCCGAACAGAACAGGAGGGUUUCCUGGCAACUCUCAGCACCCUGGACCAAACACAGUUCCCAGGAUUCCCUGGGGCGGAAGCCAUGGCUGUUUAAAAUGGUAUGACACGGCUGUAAACAUAUAGUGCAGAUGGGACCUUACUCUUUUUUAAAAAAAAUGGAUGCCUAUGGCUGUAACUCCCUAAUAAUAAUAAUAAUAAUAAUAACGAUUUAUUUAUAUCCCGCCCAACUGGCUGGGCUUCCCCAGCCACUCUGGGCAGCUUACAACAAAAUAUUAAAAUACAGUAAUGCAUCAAACAUUAAAAGCUUCCAUAAACAGGGCUGCAUGGGACAUGGGUGGCACUGUGGGUUAAACCACAGAGCCUAGGGCUUGCCGAUCAGAAGGUCGGCGGUUCGAAUCCCCACGACGGGGUGAGCUCCCAUUGCUCAGUCCCUGCUCCUGCCAACUUAGCAGUUCGAAAGCACGUCAAAGUGCAAGUAGAUAAAUAGGUACCGCUCCGGCGGGAAGGCAAACGGCGUUUCCGUGCGCUGCUCUGGUUCGCCAGAAGCGGCUUAGUCCUGCUGGCCACAUGACCCGGAAGCUGUACGCCGGCUCCCUCGGCCAGUAAAGCGAGAUGAGCGCUGCAACCCCAGAGUCGGCCACGACUGGACCUAAUGGUUGGGGUCCCUUUACCUUAAACAGGGCUGCCUUCAGAUGUCUUCCAGAGGGACAUUUUGGCAGCACUUGAGAUUGGACGUUCGUGCCCUGAUUUAUGCUUUAUGUAAUUUUUAAAAUUUUGCACUGGCAGGGGCUGAUGGGAGUUGUAGUCCAAAGCCACCCAGGGGGCAAGGCUGAUUUGACUUAAUUUUAUAAUGAAUGAUUUUAGAGUGUUGUACUGUUUUAUUGUUGUUAGCUGCCCUGAGCCCGGCUUCGGCUGGGGAGGGCGAGAUAUAAAUAAAAUUUAUUAUUAUUAUUCUCUGACCGGCAUUUCCCCCCUGCCUCUAACCCCCAUUUCUCGCCCUGCUGCAGGAAGUCAUCUUUACUGCAGACGCCGACCAGCCAGGGCAAGAUCUAUUAUGAGCCGGAUGCUGCAGAUGACAUAGACGAAGAAGACCCGGACGACGACUUGGAUGUAUGAGCGAUGGGGCGUCGGCUGCGAAUGGAACGUUCUGGUGCCUUAUUGAAAGCCGCCAUCUUGGAUGGCUUCUCUUGGCUUCUUCCCACUUGAACAUCCGCCUUGGAGCCACCUACGAAGGGGAAAUCGUCCCUCGCCUUGGGAAUAGAUGCUCACAGCUAAUAGGAAGGAAUCCUCCCUGAAAGGGCAGAGACACAGAAGCCCCUGAAAACUUCAGGAUGUUCCUGCAGGAGCUGCCACAAUCAAUCUCUUUUACAUGCUAAAUGGACACAAUCCUGACCCCAUCCUGCUAUGGGUAUGCAAAGAGGAGAGGGUUAACACAGGAAGUUAUUCUGUGGAAAGAACAUGUGUGUGUUUUUUGAGGAUAAACAAAUGAAGAUUUUAAAAAACCGGACAUGGAUUGGUGAUUUAUUUAUAUUUUUUUAAGGAAAAAAUGACAUAUCACACCCAUUUCAAUAUUUUUCACACAAUAGUUUGCUUGGCAAAUAUUCAGUGUUGUGGUUUUUUUACAACUAAAAUAAAUUCUGUCCUAGCGUGUUGUCAAAGUU